AUGGAAUACCUCAUCCGCUUCGCGCAAGUCCAUGAAAGCUUCCGGCAGCCGGAGAUUCAGGCAUUGGCCGAUUUUGCCAAUAUCAAGAUCGAAGACAUCUCAUACGAUGAAUUUUCCCCAUACUGUAUCGUGAAGCUCCCAAACGAGGAAGCUGCACGAACACUCAUCUCGCGCAGCAUCCUAGCCAAGGACAUCUUUGAGCUCUGGGGCCAAGGCGUGAACUAUGAAGAGCUGCAUGCCGACGUCCGCAGGCGGACAGAGCAUCUCUGGGCGCGGUACAAGCAGACGCCAUUCCGAUUCACAGUUGAAACAUUCGCGGGCAAGCGCAACUCGACGCAAAAACGGGACAUCAUCCAGUCCUUUGGCUACGUUGGCUUCGAGGGCCGGAUCACACUCAAGGACCCGGAGCAGGACUUUUGGGUCAUGGAGCAGUAUUACGAUCGCACGCAUGUGCCUUCUAGCGUGGAGCCGCCGGCGUCGGCUCAAGUUUCUGAGCCUGUGAAGGUUUAUCUCGGACGCUGGCUUGCGAAUAGUAGUCGUGAGGUCGUGAACAAGUAUGACUUGAAGAAGCGGCGGUAUAUCAGUACGACUUCGAUGGAUGCGGAGUUGACUUUGAUCACGGCCAAUAUGGCAGGUGCUGGCCCAGGAAAGUUGUUCUAUGAUCCGUUCGUGGGGACAGGGAGCUUCUGUGUUGCUGCAUCUCAUUUUGGAGCUCUAACCUUUGGCUCUGAUAUUGACGGGCGAGGCUUCCGGGGCAAGGAGAUGACGAAAGGGAGCCCCACCGGCGUGGGAUUAAACUUUCAGCAAUAUGGGAUAUACAGCAAGCUUGUCGACACGUUCACAUCUGAUAUCACGAAUACUCCACUGCUGGACCGUCCGUUCCUAGAUGGCAUCGUGUGCGACCCUCCUUAUGGUGUCCGGGAAGGCCUUCGCGUUCUUGGAGCGCGAGAAGGCCAUCGCCCUAUUGGAGAGGUUCUGAUUGAUGGGGUACCGGCACAUUAUCGUGAAGGCUAUAUCGCCCCGAAAAGACCGUAUGGGUUCGAGGCCAUGAUGAAUGACAUUCUUGACUUCGCUGCGCGAACUCUUGUCACCGAUGGCCGCCUGGCUAUGUGGAUGCCCACGGCCAACGACGAAGAAGUGGAACUAUCCGUCCCUAUGCACGCAAAUCUUGAGGUCGUUAGUGUCUGCGUUCAGCCGUUCAGCUCAUGGUCUCGACGACUUAUAACAUACCGAAAGCUUCCAGAUGGUGUAGUCUCGGACAUAUCGCUGAGACGCCAGAAGGAAGAUUCAGGAACGACGGCUGAUGAACUAAAUCCGUUCAGAAGAAAGUGGUUCAUGAAACUCGACACUCCAAAAGCCGCCACAAAAAUUCCAUUCUCUCCACAAUGA